UCACGCACAAAUUUCCUGGGCCAUGGCGCCAGUCGCCCGCCGCCAGUUUUCGAUUUGACAUCGCGCAGGGCAACAACUACCCGUACUUCCAAUGGUGACGUCCAAGCUCACGUCGUACCGACCGUUCACUUGCACCGUCGAAGUGACGCAUUCGCCUCAACGAACCCCCCAGAUGUGGGUCAAGCGCGCAGUGACCCCCUAUCGCCAUCGCUGUACGUCUGUCGAGCUCGCACAGCAGCAGUCACCAUGUGCAUCCGUCGUUGAGAGCCCACAGGAGGUCCAAGCAGGCGACGAGCAAGUCGUCAUGGACUGCGCACAGCCAGAAUUGACAGCAGAUCCAAAUGAGCCUGUCGAGAUGGUUCCAGUUGAACCACCCCGAAACCCGGAAGAACAUUUGGCAGAAGACCUGUCCAUUGAAAUCGUCCGCCCGUGGCCCACGGCGUGUGCUGCAUGAGCGCCCUUCAUGAGUUAUUUAUCUAGUAUCACCAUCUAUAAUGCACCUUGCAUUCAUCUGCGAGUUGCAUCUAGUCUAAAAAGCACCACCGUUCGUUCCA